CGCAUAAACUGCAGACAGCAUUCCCACUCGCGGCCACUUGGCUCCGGAAGGAUUAAGCAAUCACAACCGGGUCAUGCAGAGUAUUUCGUGUAGGUGGCUGAGAAAGUACAAUGUUAUUCUUUCAUCAUAUCAGUCUGUUAUCUUGCCUUGCAGGACGAUACCAGCUCAGGCGUUUAUUAGGGAAGUGGCAUCGCAGCACGCUAGUCUUCCGGACAUCUGUCUGUGCUACCCACCUGCGUCACGGCUCGUUCGCCGCUUCAGCAAUGGAAGAAGUUUUAAGAAGGACGGUCGUGCCUUUACCUGCCUAUGAAAUCCAAGGCAAAUCCCCUCCUGUCCCCGAGUCAAACAGUAUGGAGUUUAUCAACUUUUACAGAAGCCUGGAAACAUCGCAAAAGGUGGCGUUUCUAGAGAAGGUCUCCCAGGAGUUCGGAGUGGAUCACCAGGCAGUGGCAGAGCUAGCAUUAAAGCUGGUGGAGUCCCAGAAGAGAGACGCAGCGACCAUGCUGCAGGCGGAGGACAGGCUGAGGUACUACCUCACACCCCGCUAUCUAGCGCUGUUUGGGCACAUCAGCAGGGUGGAAGGAGGAAUGAAGUUUUUGCUGGACCUGAGAGGCGACGUCAUUGAGGCCUUGGCCGCUAAAGCCACAGACAGUCCGCACAUCCGGGGCCUGAAUGCCACUUUGAAAAGCAUGCUAUCAGAGUGGUUUUCGGUUGGAUUGCUGAAACUUGAGAGAAUCACAUGGAAAUCACCUUGCGAGCUGCUUCAGAAAAUUAGUCAAUAUGAGGCUGUUCAUCCAGUAAGAAAUUGGACUGACAUUAAACACAGAGUAGGGCCUUACAGAAGAUGUUAUGCCUUCACCAAUGGGGCAAUGCCAGGAGAACCUUUAGUGUUUUUACAUGUAGCUCUCACAGAGGAGAUCACUGACAAUAUUCAGAAAGUUAAAGCAGCUGUGUUCUACUCCAUCUCUUCCACCCAAGUUGGACUUCAAGGUGUAGAACUGGGGAAUUACCUCAUUAAGCGGGUUGUCCGUGAACUCCAGAGUGAAUUUCCCUCCUUGGAUCAAUUUUCAAGCUUGUCUCCUAUACCUGGCUUUACAGUGUGGCUGCUUGGUCUUUUGAAUCAACAAAGGAAUGAUGGAAGACGUAGUAAGAUACUGAUGGACACCGAGUGGCAAGAGAUUGAAAGACUUGUUGGGAGUCCUGCUCCUGAGAGACUUCGCAAACUGCUCAGCACGAACGAAUGGGUGCACUCUGAACAGCUCAUGGAUAUCCUUAAACCGAUACUCAUGCGAUUGUGCAGUUGGUACCUCUAUGGGGAGAAACAUCGUAGCUAUGCUUUAAAUCAGGUAGCAAAUUUUCACCUGCAAAAUGGAGCUACUAUGUGGAGGUUAAACUGGAAAGCAGAUAUGAGUCCUCGUGGUAUAUCAGCUUCUUGUGGCAUGAUGGUGAAUUAUCGGUAUUUUCUUCCAGAUAUAGGUGCAAAUAGCGCAAAAUAUCUCAGGACAAAAGUUAUUGAAGCUUCUGAACAGAUUUUGAAUUUGGUUUCACAAUUUCAAAAGAACAGCAAGCUUUAGGCAAUAUUACCAGGUCCUUUAGGCACAUUGGUGAUACUUUUGAAUAUUUCCAUAUUAACUACCAUUAAUGUUUUUGUGAAUUUAUUUCAUGUAGGUGGUACAAUGGCUGUUUUUUUUCCCCAAACAGAUAGUAACUUCACAUCUACCAAAAAAAAAAAUACACUUCAGAAAUGAAUAUGACAAAUUGUGUUUGUGAGAGUAGCUCAGAAAAAGUCUAUUGAAUACCAGCUAUGAAGCCACAGGGCUCCCAUCAGCCAUAAGCAAUUCAGUGUGGCAACGCCUCAGCAGUUCUUUUUAUAUCUUUUAACAACCUUGCACACUGUAAGUGUUCUGAGUCACUCAUGGCUGACUUACAUUCAUUGUUGGUCUUUGAUGAUGCUGUCCUGUGUUCAGAUUUCUAUACUUUUAUCACCUCAGUGACUGCUGCCUUUGAAAAAAAUAGGUCAUUUAGUAUUAAAUACUGAGGUAGCUGCCUAUCAGGUUUUAACACUUAUUUUGAAGACAUGUUAACUCUUCACCUGGUCAAGAGGUAAAUUACAGCAAGCUGCCCCAUAUCCAGUAGUGCUGUAUGUGAAAUACCGGCAUAGAAGAUUGUGCAUUUGCAUAUGGUAUAUAAAAGUGCUACAGAUAAACAUAACGGGGGAAAUUGCACAAUAUGUGGCUUAGCUAUGAAGAGUUCAAACACUGUUGAUAAACGCAAUCUAAACCUUAUUAUUGUGUCCCUGAAGCUACCGUUUAAACUGCACAUACGUAUUAACUUGUCUUUGUACUCAUUUCAAUUUGUUUUACUCUAGUGCACUUUACAUAAUACAGACUCAAAGCAUUACCCACAUUUACAAUACAGUUUCAUGGAUUUUCUUUUCUUGUUCUAUAUGAAAAUAUAUACCUACAGUAUGUAUUUCCCAUUUAUUAGCACACAGCCACUAUACACAAAUAAUAAAUAAAAAAUCACGUACAAGAUUAAAAUACCAUGGUAUAUCCACAUACAAAAAUAAACAUUUCUGUUGAUUUUUUUUAUAUUUUAGUUAGGUUGUUAAAGACCCAAAUAGUAUUAAAUUGCAAGAAAAUGUAGAUAUAUUAAGCUAAGGGUUAGGGUCAGAAAGAACGGUGAAGACAAAAUAUUAGACUGAAGUAAGUCCUGUAAGAUUAAAAGGUCACAAAGCCAUUUGUAACUCUCUAUUGGAGACUAUAAAAUCAGUUCUGAACUUACCUGUAAAGAAAUGUUUGGAUCUUAGAAUUUUUUGAUUGUUGAAACAGUAUUUUGAAUUAUCUAAAUAGUACUAAUAGAGUGAUUUUAACAGCCUGACAGAUCUUUUCUAUAUCCUACUCAUAUUAAAAGUAGUAGUAACAAUUUUACAGUACUACAUUGCUAAGUUGUAGAAAGGUGUCUUACUAUGUAAAUGUAACAAAGUUUCCUAAAGUCAAAGGAAAGAGCAAAAUUUCAUACAAAUUCAUCCAGUUCAAGGACUUUGAAUUAAAAGUUUUUUUGUAUUUUCUUGCUGUUAACUGAAAGAACUUCUGUUUCCUUCAGACAAAUAAUUUCUACUUGUCACCAUAUUAAAAUAGUUAAUAAACAAUAUAUUAUUUUGAUAUAUAUGGCAGAGUAUUAUUGACAUGAGAAAUCAAAUCAGUAAUAUGUUUCAAAAUAAUUUAUCCUAAUAGCGACAUACAGUAUAAAGAGGAAAAUUAAGUUUUGAUCCCAGUAGUGAACAGUGCAGUACCUACUACUACAGAGAGAAACUAGGGGGUAGCGUCAUGAAAUUUGCAUAUUUUGAAAACUUUUAUAAGUAUGAAGUAAAACAGUGCCUGAAAGUCCAACUAAAUUCUCUAACCUAUAUAAUAAAAUGCUGCCCUUCAGUCAAAAGGACGAAGAGUUGUGUCAUUUUCUGUGUUUCAGUGUAUUAGAAUAUAAUUUACAACAUGAAUUAGUGUUUCUUCUCUAAAAGCGAUACUAAAACAUCUCCUAAAGGUUGUUUAUAUAAGACAAGACUAGAGUUGUGAGGCAACAGGGUUUUUUUUAUAAUAAGACUUGAAAAAUAAUUGCUGGUUUGAAACUGAUCUAUAAUUCUUAAUAAUUCAGAUCUAAAUCUGAUUUCUUUAAUAGCAUCUAACAUUGGCCACUUUGAAGCAACAAGGAAAGAUGCACUUCAUUUAUGGUAUAUUUAUUAGGUUCAGUGUGGGACGUGUAUCUACAGUAGAGUUUCUGUUACAAAAUCACUCUAAGAAGCAAGUGGUAGAUUUCAUUUUAAAAAUCAACUGUAGAAUUUCUUAGUUUUUCUCUUAGUUGUAUACUCAAGAUUGACAUGUUGUGACUCAGUAGUCCUAGAGUUGGAAACUCAUUACUCAAUGUAAAAUUGUAUUUAUUAAUGUUACUGUUAACGAAAUCCAUAAAGAAACUAUAAUUAUUAUCGUAUAAUUGACAGCUGUUCAAGUAUAACAGCAUACCACCAUGAUGUCAGUUGUCACACAGUACACAUCUUACCUGGCCACGUGUAAUAUUGUAAAACCAAAAUGACAGCAACCAUGAGAAUGUGGGAAAACAAAUGUAAUAAUAAAACAAAAAAGAAAAUUACGUUUUUAUUACUUAUCCUGACGCUGCCACCAUGCAAAAUGAAGAGGGAGACUUCAGGUUUAGUAAAUUUAGCCUCAGUUUCAGAUAAUCUGGCAACAGAGAAACAUUUUACUUGUACUUGUGGAUUUUCUUUGCUAGUAAUUUGAAUUAAUUCUGCAGUGGUCGAGCUGCUAAUUAAAAGCUUCAGCUUCCUGUUUAAAAAUAUAAAAAUACAGUGUAACUGUUGUUUCCAGUUUGAAAAUCAUGGUUUCUAUUUGAAUAGAAUAUAAUUUCUUCCAUAGAUAGAUAGUCAUAGACAAUGGUAUACUCUUUUUCCCCUAUAAGUUAGUAAGAGAUAGAAUCUUCUUGCUAUAACUGAGAUCAGGUUAUAUUCAGAAUUUGCUAUGAACAUGCUUGUCAGACAAAUGCCGUCAAGCCCCUAAGGCCAUUUUCAGAGUAUGGGCUAUCAGUUGAAUUCCACCUACAGGAUUCUUCAGUAUUUAUUUUAAUAUUGAUGCCCAUUCAUCAAACCCAAUUUCUAGCUUUAAAAUGCUUUCCUACCAAAGAUGAUUGAUUUAUUGGUAGAGUCUGCAUGGUGUGUUGUGUGCCCCAACACUUGACGGCAGGAGAUCAACUUUGAGCAGUUGUGAUUUGGAGGACUUUUAACUACUGCAUGUGCCAACAUACGAGGAAUGAGAGAAUCCUUAAAGUAGACUGACAAAAGUUUGAAAGUGUUUGAAAAUGCAAGUGUGCUUAUGAAAGUCCUGUUAGGUGGUGGCAUGAUAAUGAGAAAUUAGAGCUCUUAAAGGUAAUUGUUUACAUAGUUUUUUACCUCAAAUACUGUAUGAAAUCAGUUACCCUUAGCAGCAGAGGUUAUUGCUACUAAAUGAGGUCUUAACUGUUAACUAAAUACAAGGACUCAGGUACUUUUUCCAGCCUGGAUUGUGAAGGUUUAAACAAUGUAUUUGUAGCUGUGUUUUCCCAAAGUUUCCAAAGUUCAGCAGCUCUAACUCAAAAAAUGGGAUUCAACAAAGGCCUGACACGCAGAAGUGAUUCCACAGACAAAAUAUCUUCAUUUUUAAGUGUUUAGUUAAGUUUCAAAGUAAAACAGUUCACACAAAAAAAGAAAAAUAAAAUUGCAAAAAAGGGAAAAAUUUAUAAUAAGAAAAAUUUAGUUCUAAGCUUAAUCUUGUUACUAAUCACGUAUAAUUUCUGAACCUUUUCAAAACGGUCAGAAAACUGUAUGCUUAUCCCAUUUCUAACUUAAAAAUGAGUCUUUCAAGUACCUGUUUACUGGGACCUGUUCUAAACACAACAAGAUCUAUUAUCACACUGUUUCUCAGUUAUAGCAAGAAGAUUCUAUCUCUUACUAACUUAUAGGGGAAUAAAGAGUAUACCAUUGUCUGUGACUAUGGAAGAAAUUAUAUUCUAUUCAAAUUAAGCAAACAUUAGUAUGAGUUUAACUUAAAACUUUAACUUUCUAAAAUUGGCUCUUACAGUAUUCAUUAUUUGCAAGAAGUUUAAGUAGAUUGUGUUAGUCUAUUAUUGUGACGUGUUUUUGAGGAUCAUACCACAUUUUUAUGAGUAAUUCAUAUGAUGAAAUCCAGGUAGUUCACAAACAUUUCUUGCAAAGGUAAAUAAUUUAAAAAAAUUAUCGUUGUGUUUGAUGAAUUAGAUUUUUGUGGCUAUCACUGUCCCAAAGCCCUUUUUACUGUGUAUUAGCAGACAGAUUUGAUAAAGCAAGUAGCAAUUUAUGUAAUCUCCCAAGUGUUUCCUUAUAUCAUUUAGCUAAGAAGUAUUGUUUGGUUGUACUAAAAAGUGAUGUUAAGAGUAUCUUUAGACUUUUAACAUGUGGUAAUUGUGUCCUUCCAGUGUUCUCCACAUCAAUGGAUACAGCACUAAUGCACUGAAAGAGUGUAGUGUUUGCUAUAAUUUUUCAAUUAGUAAUUAUUAAAAUAUAUAAUGUAAACAUGUUUGACAGAUUCAGGAACUUAUAUGAACAAAGAUCAAUUUAAAUCGUGUAAUAUGUCAUUGGUGGUAAUUCAUUUUGCACCUUCCCUGAAAAGCAACUUAAAAAAUUAUUAUAUCUGUGGCCUUCUUUCAAACUGAGUAGAGAGCGGUGUAAACAAGUUCCAGACAUUUUAGCAGAGAAUUAGGUAAACUCAUAGUAGUUUUGACAGAACAAUCAUAUUAUACUUGAUUGAACUGUGAGCUAAGCCCCUAAAGUGACUAGUUUUAACAGCAUAGCUCAAAAUUCAAUCUGCACUUAUUGACUACCACAGUUUAAAUGUCGUAAUGUGUUUCUGAGUUCCUCAGGACCGUAGGAUGUAAAAAACAUGUUUAGAAGUUAGAUAAAUGGCUAUUUCCAGGUUUCUUUUUAAAGCAGUGUUCAUCCAAAAUGUGCUUUCAAACACAUUUAUGUCCAAUCACACAUGCAUGCAGGAGCAAUUUAACAACUUAUUUAACAAAUCUGUAGGUGACGAAAAACAGAUUUUAAUGACAAGUUCAUUCAUUGUGAAAACUGCAGAGAUUUUGAACUGAGGCGACAAUUGUAAGAGCUGUGAAACAACAGCCUUGUAUAUUUGACAUUGUAGAUGCAUAAACAGUAGAAAGUGUCAUAUAUACUUACGCCUUGACUAAUUUUUUUAAUUUAUUAUUUACAACAAAAUAUAAAAUAUUUUAAUAAAAUUUUAAAUGCUGCAAUUAUCAAUUUAUUGUAUUAAAAGUGUUUUUUCAUUUUCUCCUAUGAGAAUGUUGCAUUGGUAUUUUGAGUUUAACUAUAUCAUUCAAAGAAUUUGCAGCAUUUAACACUAUCAUUUUACCAGUCCACCAGUUUAAAAACUUAAGACUUUGUUUUGCUGCAUUGGUUAAUCUUUUAUCACAUUGUUAAUGCAAUACAGAUAUAAAGUUUCAUGUUCCAUUUUAUGAGCAAAAAUGGAAUAAUUUGUAAUGGAGCAUUUUCUGUUUUUAUUUACUACUGAGAGGCCUGAAAACGUACCUUAUUCUAACCAUAGAUAUCUGAUCUCUGGUGAUAUUUUUGUAACUUAAGAAAAGCUUUAGUAAUUUUCUCAUUUUACAAUUGUAAAGAGACAUGCAAAAUAUUUAAUUAUACUGUACUUGUUUGAUUGCAUAAACACAAAAACAGUAUAUUCUUUACAGUAAUAGAAAAUAUUCAUUUAAUGCAGGAAUGGAUAUAUAUUGACCAAUGAAGUUGACUAGACAAAACAUAAAAUCUUGAGUUCAUACUGUCUGCAAUGAAAUAAAAGUUAAAGUAAAUUUUAGAA